GAGCUCCUCCGAGCGAAGCUCCAGCUCGGGUUGGGCCGGAGGUCUCCGGUCGAUCGCCUCGGAGGCGAGCUCCACUUCGGCCCCUCCACGCAAGGGCAAGGGCUACGGCAAGGGCAAAGGUCUCGUGAACUUCCCUGGGAAGGGCGCCCAAGGAGUCGACUCCGAGGAUUCAGAAGCUGACACCCACGGGCCGGUGACGACAUCGCUUGAGGUUCCAUUGCGUGUCCUCCGCCGCCCCUGGCGGGGGCAGGUGGCCGAGGCAUCCGUGGCUCAGGUCGAAGUUGAUGCGUGUCGGCGCGAAGGGUACGGACGCGUGACCAUCACUGGUGGCUGGUGGCAAAGCCUCGCAGCAUACCAGUGCCUCAUCAA